UUUCUAGGCCGCAAUGAACUCAUCGCUCGUUAUAUCAAAUUACGCACAGGCAAGACGAGAACACGAAAGCAAGUCAGUUCGCACAUACAGGUUCUUGCCAGACGGAAAUUGCGUGAGAUUCAGGCGAAAAUUAAAGUUGAACCUAACGGCAUCGCUGGCAUCAAUGGGCACGCCCAUUCGCUACAUUUGCUAAGCGAAAAGGAAAAAGCACUACAGGCUAUGAGCGGUAUGACCAGCUCACAAAUCGUAUCCGCACAGGCGGCGAAGAAUCUGGCAUUUGCCGCCUCAGCUGCUGCUUUCACCGCUGUGGGGCCGACAGUUUCGUCAGCUUCAUCGUCCGCAGGGUCGACAUCUGCAGCAGCAGUUGCAGCAGCGGCGGCGGCGGCGGCGGCAGCAACACAUCUAGUCGGACCAACGCACUCGCACUUGCAUUCGCACCCGCACCCGCAUCCGCAUCCACACCAUCACCACGCCCACCACCUGAGCCACUUGAACCACCUAAACCACCUUAGCCAUCAUCACCACCACCACAACCACCACCUUACCAGCACACAUCCGCACGCGCAUGCACAACAACAACCGCACCUGCCGCACACGUCAGCGGGCACGGCGGCAUAUUUGCAGCAACAACAAGCGGCAGCGGCAGCGGCAGCGGCGGCAGCAGUAGCAACAGCAACGCAGAAUUCCAUUGCGACGACAACAACGGCGCCGGCUUCGGCUUCGGCUACGGUGACAACACCGACAGCAACUGCGGCGGCGGUGGCGGCGGCUGCAGCUGCUGGUUUGCCGCCACAUGCCGCACAUACGCAUGCGCAUGCGCACACGCCACUCCGUCAUCCACCAAUGUAUCCGGGCCAAUUCUGGCAGCCAGGUCUACAGCCCAGCACCUCACAAGAUUUUUACGAUUACAGCAUUAAGCCAUUCGCACAACCCCCCUACCCCGCCGGCAAGCCAUCGACAGCCGUGUCUGGUGACAUCGAAGCAGGACUUCCGCCAGCACAACUGCCGUGGGAGGGUAGAGCGAUAGCGACGCACAAAUUCCGUUUGCUGGAAUUCUCGGCAUUCAUGGAAAUACAAAGAGAGGAUAUCUAUCACCGGCACUUGUUCGUACAACUCGGUGGCAAACCGUCCUUUUCCGAUCCGCUACUCGAGACUGUUGACAUCCGACAGAUCUCCGAUAAGUUCCCUGAGAAAUCAGGCGGUCUUAAAGAUCUCUACGAAAAAGGUCCACAAAAUGCCUUCUAUCUGGUUAAAUGUUGGGCAGACUUGAAUACCGAAAUAACCGGCAGCGAGACGGGAGAUUUCUAUGGCGUUACGAGUCAAUAUGAGAGUAACGAAAAUGUUGUGCUCGUGUGUUCGACAAAAGUCUGCUCGUUUGGCAAACAGGUCGUCGAAAAAGUGGAAACAGAAUACUCACGCUUGGAGAAUGGUCGCUUCGUAUAUCGCAUACAUCGGUCGCCGAUGUGCGAAUAUAUGAUAAAUUUCAUACAGAAAUUGAAGAACCUGCCUGAGCGAUAUAUGAUGAACAGUGUCCUGGAGAACUUCACAAUACUGCAGGUGAUGCAAGCGCGAGACACACAAGAGACCCUUCUCUGCAUAGCGUACGUGUUCGAGGUGGCGGCACAGAAUAGCGGCGCUACGCACCAUAUUUAUCGGUUGAUAAAGGAAUAGCAUGAACUGCAAC